GGUCGGGCCGAAAAACCACAUUCCAAGAUGGCUGACUGGAAUGUAAUUGUGGUGGGUGCUUACCUUCUCCUUCCCAUUCCGAAACUCGUUUAUCUAUUUCCUUUGUAAAUGUUUAGUUUCUUUUUAUCUCAUAUGUUUGGGGAUUUCAAACUCGAAGAGUAUCGCGAAUUACAAAGUAUCAUUCUUUGGAAAUGUGUAAUUUUACCUUUUCGUGAAAUUCGCGCCGUUUUUAAUCAUUUAUUUCGUGCGAAUCAAUCGUGUUAUCGGUGUAGUUAUUUUUAUUUUUCUCGUUAUCUAUCGUAAGUAAUUUUUUGAAAAUCAAAAUAUCUCGGUCGCCGAAUCGGUUGUUCGAGUGUUCGAGUGGUGAAUGCAAUAUUGUGUUACUGAUAAGUUAUCAAGUGUGUUAAUGGGUGUUAAAUGUGUGGCGUGUCUAAUGUGUGAUAAUAUUUAAUUGAAACCGAUUUAUCAGAUUAGAUUGUUGAAUGAAGUUUUUUCGGAUGCCCUAACGCACUGAUAUGUUGAUGUAAUCAUGUUGCCGUUACUUUAUCGGCGACCAUGUCACAUAGGGACUUUUCUGAAGUGGAACCUGAAGGUACAUCCUCGUUGCCAGCAGCAAGUAAAGCCUUAUUCCUUGAGAAAGUACGCCAGUCAAAUGCAGCCUGCCAGGGUGGUGAUUACGCCAAGGCUGUUGCCUUGUACACAGACGCAUUACAAUUGGAUCCGACCAAUCAUAUACUGUUCUCGAACCGAUCGGCAGCUCAUCUUAAAAUGGGACAGUUCCAACAAGCGUUACAAGAUGCCACCAAAGCCAGGGAUAUCAACCCUAAGUGGCCUAAGGCGUAUUACCGAGAAGGUGUAGCAUUACAGUGCCUGGGGAGACACGGAGAUGCGUUGGCCGUGUUUAGCUCAGGCUUAGCAGUCGAACCGAAUUCAACGCAAUUGCUAGCCGGCCUGGUAGAAGCUUCAAUAAAAUCUCCAUUACGAGGAACAUUGGAGCCUGUAUUCAGGCAAUUAGAAACAAUGAACUUGGAUAAAUCGGCGUUUGUGAUAAUAUCGGUAGUCGGUCAAGAAUUACUGGCGGCCGGUCAAUAUACAGUAGCGGUUAUCGUAUUGGAAUCCGCAUUAAGAAUUGGAACGUGUAGCCUUAAGCUGCGUGGAUCGGUAUUUUCUGCUUUAUCAUCCGCGUAUUGGGCUUUGAAUUCUUUAGACAAAGCUAUCGGAUACAUGCAGCAAGACUUAGCUGUUGCCAAAUCUCUCGGUGAUACCGCCGGCGAAUGCAGAGCCCAUGGAAAUCUCGGUUCGGCGUAUUUCAGCAAAGGAAGCUAUAAAGAGGCACUGACUGCUCAUAGACAUCAGCUCGUGCUGGCCAUGAAAUGCAGAGAUAUUCAGUCAGCGGCGUCCGCGUUAACUAGUCUAGGUCACGUAUAUACGGCCAUUGGAGAUUAUCCGAAUGCGUUGGCUUCUCAUAAACAAUGUGUUCAGUUGGUCAAGCAACAAGGUGAUAAGCUGCAAGAAGCUCGAGAAAUCGGUAACGUCGGUGCUGUGUAUUUGGCGAUGGGAGAAUUCGAAAGCGCCGUUGAUUGCCAUAAUCAGCAUUUAAGAUUAGCUAAACGAUUAGGAAAUAAGGUCGAAGAAGCUCGAGCCUACAGCAAUCUGGGCUCAUCUUACCACUACAGAAGAAAUUUCACUCAAGCUAUCACAUAUCACGAGCAUGUUCUAAGGAUAGCUCAAGAGUUAGGAGACAGAGCCAUAGAAGCACGUGCUUACGCUGGUCUAGGACAUGCAGCUAGAUGUGCCGGAGAUUGUCAGCAAGCGAAAAAAUGGCACGAACGACAACUCGAUAUGGCACUUAGCACCAGAGAUCGAAUUGGAGAAGGAAGAGCGUGCUCCAAUUUAGGAAUAGUUUAUCAACUUUUGGGUGAACAUGAUGCAGCUUUGAAAUUACAUCAGGCUCAUUUGAAUAUCGCUAGAGCUUUGCAAGAUCGUGCAGGAAUGGGCCGAGCUUAUGGAAAUAUUGGAAAUGCUUAUAGUGCUAUGGGAUUCUACGAACAGGCCAUCAAAUACCACAAACAAGAAUUGACCAUCUCGAAAGAAGUCAAAGAUCGAGGAUCCGAAGCUUGCACACAUGGCAAUCUAGCAGUUGCUUAUCAAGCUCUAGGAGCUCACGAGAUGGCCUUGUUACACUAUCGAGCUCAUUUAAAUAUCGCCAGAGAACUAAAAGAUACCGCCGGUGAAGCCUGCGCUUUGCUGAAUUUAGCCAAUUGCCUAAGUUCUCGCAACGAAUUCGCCGAAGCUGUGCCAUUCUACGAAAAUUACCUCAUGCUGUCGCAAGAAUUACUCGACGUCGAAGGAGAAGCCAAAGCUUGCCAUUUUCUCGGUUAUGCCCACUAUUGUCUGGGUAAUUUCCGCGAAGCGGUUCGGUAUUACGACCAAGAUCUUGCCCUGGCUAAAGAUUUACAAGAUAAGAUGAACAUGGGAAGAGCGUAUUGUAAUCUUGGUCUGGCUCAUUUAGCUUUAGGAAAUUUAGAUACUGCUUUAGAAUGCCAGAAAUAUUUUUUAGCCAUUGCCCAUAUGACCAAACAUCUAGUGGGCAAAUUUAGAGCGUUGGGCAACAUAGGAGAUAUUUUAAUUAAACUUAAUGAUACCGAAGAAGCGAUUAAAAUGUACCAAAGACAGUUGACGUUUGCUAAACAGAGUCAGGAUAGGAGUUUAGAAGCGACUGCGUAUGGUUCGCUUGGUUUAGCUAAUCGAUUAGUGAGGUGUUAUGAUAAAGCUUUAGGAUAUCAUACUCAGGAAUUAACGGUACGUCAAGAGAUGGGAGAUGUGAAAGGAGAAUGUCGAGCUCAUGGUAAUCUAGGAGCAGUUCAUAUGUGCUUAGGAAAUUAUACAAAUGCUAUAAAAUGCUACCAGGAGCAGCUAGAAAGAGCCAAAGAAUUAAGAGAUUGCUUAAUGCAAGCUCAAGCUUUUGGAAAUCUGGGUAUUGCCAGAUUGAACAUGGGUCAUUUUGAAGACGCCAUUGGUUACCUCGAACAACAGCUUGCCACUUUAGAGCAAAUAAGUUCCAAUACCAUUCUCAUAGAUAAGGGACGAGCCUUUGGUAACCUGGGUGAUUGCUACGACGCCUUAGGAGAUCUAGAAGAAGCUAUCAAGUGUCACGAACAACAUUUAGCCGUUGGAUUAAAACUGAAAUCUCCUAGAGAUUUGGAAAGAGCUUACAGAGGUCUGGGACAUGCUCACAAACGACUGGGUAAUCUUCAGCAAGCUUUGGUGUGUUUCGAGAAGAGACUCGUUGUCGCUCAUGAACUGAACAGCGCCGAAGCGAAAGCGUCAGCUUAUGGAGAAUUAGGCCAUAUACAUACUUCGUUAGGAAACUACCAGCAGGCCAUAUCGUGUCUACAGCAUCAACUUUUGAUCGCCAGAGAACUGAAAGAUAGAGUAGCUGAAUCUGACGCUGCCUGCGGACUAGGCCAAGUGUAUCAACAAAUGGCUGAUUAUUCAACCGCCUUGAGAUAUCACCAAGCAGAUUUAGAGACUGCAGAAGAGCUGAAAUUGGCUCCACUUCAGGGUCGAGCUUGUGGAAACUUAGGAAGCGUUUACGAAUCUUUAGGAAAUUUACAAGAAGCUAUGAAAUACCAAGAGCAACAUCUAUCCAUAGCAGCUCAAACUAAUGAUAAAUUAGCCAAAACUGUCGCUUACAGUAGCCUAGGUCGUAUCCAUCAUGCCCUUGGUAAUACCAAUCAAGCUGUAGCGUAUCUAACUCAAGGAUUGCAAAUAGCUGAAGUUCUGGGUAGACGGGAAGAAGAAGCUAGAAUACGUCAUAGACUUGGACUAGCUUUGUGGAGUAGUGGACAACUGGAGGCUGCUCAUGUGCAUCUGGAUCAAGCUGCUAGUCUUUUAGAAAUCAUACGUAGAGAGUCGACUGGCUCUACGGAUUAUAAAUUAUCUCUGUUUGAUCUACAGACUGCCUCGUAUCAAGCGUUACAAAGUGUUCUAGUGGCAUUGAAUCGUACCGAAGAAGCAAUGCUGAUCGCUGAACGAGGAAGAACUCGAGCUUUCGUCGAUCUGUUGCUGGAAAGACAAGGAUAUAUCAAUAAUACGAUCAGUAAUCGUGCCUCCAGCACUAAUAGCGCCAUCACUUCGGUCGACCAAAUCAUUGAUAUAGUGAAUAAACAAAAAGCAUCGGUGCUUUAUUACAGCUUAGCUGCGGGUUACUUGUAUUCUUGGUUGAUUGUACCGAAUAAAGGUAUCGUAAAAUUCCAUCAAGUAGCGUUAAGUGAAACCGAACGCGAACAAGAACCCGGAACUACCGAAGAGAAUCUCACCACUUCCGGUUCAUUGCUCGAAAACUACGUACAAAAUGUCCGCGAUAGCUUUGGCGUUGAAAAUAUACACAACAACGAAGCCGACUUGGACGCGGAUGAAGUAUGGUCACACCAUCUGGAUGAAUUGGGAGAUCGCUUGAAUCAAGACAACGAUCGAGCCAGUUUUCUCCGAAUGGUGAAUCGUAAUCAUUUGUUCAAUUCGAGCAAUUACAGCUUGAGCAGCUUGUUCAGUGUUGGCAGCUUGAGUGGCAGUGUAGCCAGUGGAUCGACUAGUCGACAUGGAAGUGUAAGGGCAGGUCGAGUGAAUACUUGGCAAGGUCCGUCCUGUCUUACAGCCUUGUAUCAUAUGCUUAUUUCGCCGUUUGAGGAAUAUCUACCAGUUUCUUGCCCCAAGGAUACAGCUUCUGUUCCACACAGUAAAGGAUGUGUUGGCCGAAGAAACCUGCUACUGGUAUUAGAAGGCGACCUGUACCUGGUACCAUUCCCCGUACUGAGACCAGCCCCUAGCACAGAUGGCAUUUCAGAAUACCUCAGCGAAAGAUUCAGCUUACUCGUGGUUCCCUCUCUGAGCUCGUUGAAAAUAAACCAAAAACUGCAACGUAAAUCGACUGCUGCCGAAACUGGCAUGCCAGCUUUAGUCGUUGGUAACCCAAAACUACCUCAGAGUAUUACCGAACGAUGGGGAUGGGCUGAUAUCCCCCAUGCUGAACAAGAGGCUAAUAUGGUGGCAGAAAUGCUACAAGCUAAGUCACUGCUUGGAAACCAGGCUACCAAAGAAUCAGUAUUAAGGCAGAUUGGUGAAGCAGAAUGUGUCCAUUUGGCGACCCACGUUUCAUGGAAAUUAUCAGCUAUCGUCCUAUCUCCACCUUGUGAAGGAGUUGAAACACCUCUCAGGCCGAAUGAAGAAUUUACUCCGGAACUGGAAUCGUGCGAGUUACCAUCUCUUUCUGAAUUCUUAUUAACGGCCAGCGAAUUAUUAGUCCUAAGAUUAUCGGCCAGAUUAGUCGUAGUCAGUUGGUCGCAUUCCAGAGACGGUUGGGCUACAGCUGAUGGAGUUGUUGGCCUAUCCAGAGCUUUGCUAGCUGCAGGGGCGCAAUGUGUUCUUGUCUCUUUAUGGCCUGUACCAGAUACCGCAGCUAAAAUAUUACUGAAAGCGUUCUACUCGGCUUUGUUACAAGGGUCUAGAGUGAGUAGAGCUUUGGCAGAAGCAAUGCAAACUGUUCAACACACUAAGCACUUCGCCCAUCCGGCCAAUUGGUCUGGAUUCCUAUUGGUCGGUGCUGAUGUAAGGUUAUCAAAUAAAGUUGCUCUUAUGGGCCAAGGAUUAUUCGAGUUGCUCAAAACGCCUGAUAAGUGCAGAGAUGCUCUCAGAGUGACGUUACAUUUGGUUGAGAAAUCGUUGCAAAGGAUUAAUCGUGGUCAGAAAAACGCCAUGUACACGACUCAGAAGAGUAUUGAAAAUAAGGUUGGUCCCGUCAGUGGAUGGAAAGAACUCCUCCAAUCAGUCGGAUUCCGCUUUGAGCCUGCAGCCAAUGGUAUCCCAUCGUCGGUAUUUUUCCCUCAAAGUGACCCCGAAGACCGCUUGAGUUACUGUAGUUCGAGCCUUCAAGCUUUAUUAGGUUUGAGCAGUGUGACGUUAUCAGCUUUAUCGAAAUUAAUUACCAGCGUUGACUCUGGAGAAGAAAUCAUUACCGUCGUUAGACAAGCGUUGACUCAAUUGAACGUGAAAAAUUUAGAAAACGAAUGCGUCGAUGUGCCAGUGAGCGUGAAAUUGUGGCAGGUUUCCGGAUGUCACGAGUUACUUGCUUCGUUAGGUUUCGACCUUAUGGAAGUUGGUGUCGACGAAGUAACCUUAAGAACUGGUAAACAAGCCAAUAAACGUUGCAUACAGUUUGUGCUUCAAGCAUUGUCAGCUCUUUUUGACACUCAAGAUGUACCGAAAAGCGUAUCGAUCGAAUCGUCCAGCUCGCUGGAAAGUCUGGUAUCCGAUAACGAAGAUUUAGACAACGACCAUAUGACUUUACCGCAGCCAAUCCUGCGUCCAAUGAGUUCAACCUCAGUGCUGAGAUCUGGUGGUAGUGGAGCUUUCACCAGCUACGUUAGAAAACGAGGAGAACCCGAUGGACGAACCGCCGUUACCGAUGGAUCUGCCAGUAUUAAUAAGGUUGUUCCUCAAAAACCUAACCGAAGAGGAUUGGGAAAUAACGGAGGAGGCGAAAGUGACGCAGCUUUUACACCGUCUCCUCCAGCGCCCAUAAACAACGAAGCUUCAUCUAGGAACUUCUCGCACCAGACUCGUAUUCGUAAUCUGUACCCAACGUUGACCUCGAUCAAUAACGAUAUUCAUCCUGUGUUGCAAAACAUGUACCAAAGAAGACCGGAUUCUUCGAGUUCUGCGAGCUCAGCCACCGAUUGGGAAGGCAACGGUCAUAAUACCAUUUUACGCCGAGGCCCAACUACUCUGCCUCCGACUCCGAUGACCAGGAAACCUCCACCACCUCCCGUCCAAGAACCAUCAGAUAAAGAUUUCGAAACCGUGUCCUCAGCUUUGGAAAGACUCAGCGUCCGCGCCAAUGUCUCAUCAAUGAGAACACCCGCUGACUCCGGUACUAUCGCCCUAUUCCCCGAUACCAAAACUGACACCUCUCGUAUACUGUAUUUCGCCCCCGAAGUCCCAGAACCGGACUCAUUAGUCGAUAAAGACAGCCUGGAGCCGACCAGCAUCACAACCAGUACUGCCGGAAGUGAAAUCCAGGACCAAAUCAGAGCCACCCAGCUUCGUAGACUGAAUCGUGAAAUGACCCCUACAAUCUCCGAAGUCUACCACGAACGUAAUAUAGGUCUUGGUUUAGCACCAUCUUUAUCCAAACUUCUACUACCAGUGGCCGAAGAAAAAGACGCCAAAACCGAAACCAUUUCCAAAGACUGGCUCUCGCCCGCCAUCCUCCAGCAAUUUGGUACCGAAAAUGGUACCUCGCCUUAUACCGACCUGAGCCGCAGAGACGAAGGAGACGGUAGAUCUAUCGCUGACUCUCAAUGCAGCACCGGAAGCUACUCGAAGAAAGAUAUUAUUCAAACUUCGAGUCCUUCUAAUCCUCAAGACCCUCCUGCAAAACCUCCUCCUCUGCCACCUGUUCCCAGAGCACGUACAUCGCAUAAGAAUUAUCCCCCUCCGCCCAUACCCCUUGCUAAAAUUAGUAAUCCGCAAAUUCCUGCGGAAAUAAACGAGUGAAUAGUGAAUUGGUAUUGGCCUCGAUCGUGAUUGUGUCGUGAUCGCAACGUUAAGUUGAUGAAUUACUCGUCCAGAUGUGAUCUACGUUUUUAGUGAAAAGAUUAAAUAAUAUAGAGUUAGUGUGUUCGUGUGGUGUAAUUAGAGACUGUAAAUGCCGGUAAAUUCCAUUACGUUAGUUUUUCCCCACUCCUACCUCACCGUAUUUUAACCGUCCUGAAUGACAGUAUAAAUAAUUUUUGUAUACGAUGUAAAGUGUUUUUUUUAUUUUUUUAAGAAUUGUACGAUGUGCUAUUUUUACGUGUAAAAUAUUGCCAGGAAUUUGCCAUUUUGAAGUCGACGAUCUGUUAUGAGUAAGUUGUGUAUUUCUUUCUUAUUUUUUUUUUAAUUAUUAUUAUUUCACGUCACUAUGAUCAAAUCCAGUGUGUACCUUUUGUGUUACAAGACUGCAUUUUUAUGCCAUUUUUUUUCUUUUAUUUUAGUAUUUUUUUAUUCUUUUUUUUCAUUUUUUUAAAUUAGUAAUCAAAACAAUUUUGUUUUUUGUUUCUAUUUUUUUCUUUUUUUGUGCUUUUUUUCUUUCUUUUUUUUUUUGUAUUAUUUUGUAAUUACCUAAUACGUUAUUUUUACGUUUGUCGAACGAAUAAAUAUUUUUUUAUCGAA